CCGCAGGUGGGGAUGGAGCUGCUGGACCCCCAGCCCCGGCUUUGCUUUCCAGGCUGCGGUGGCGUUUGAGGACGUGGCCAUCUACUUCUCCCCUGAGGAGUGGGUAGAGCUGGCGGCGUGGCAGCGGGAGCUGUACCAGGAGGUGAUGAUGGACAACUACGACCUGGUCGCCUGCCUGGGCUCUGUUGACACCUCAUCCAAGCUCGUCCCCAAAAUGGAGCCUGAGGAGGAGCCGUGUGGGGGGGCUUCCCCUGGUGAGGGGGACAGAGAAACUCCCGACACCGCUGGCAUUGCUCCCCGGGGCAGGAUGGCUGGCGAGGACCCGCCUGGGGACGGUGACCAAGGACACUGGGUUCCACCCGUGCCGCCGUCUGGGGGUGCCAAGGAGCUGGGGUGCCCCCCGCUGUGCCCUGGCUGGUGCGAGGCAGGGACCUGGGGCUCCCCCAGGAGGAUGGGGACGUGGGAGCGGGGCGAGCGGCCACUGGAGCCGGUGGCGCCCGGGGGGCUCCUCAUCUGCGGCACCUGCGGGGAGAACUUCGAGGACGCGGCCAGCCUGGGGGCGCACCAGGGCGAGCACCUCGUCCCGGCGCCCAGCCACGAGUGCACGGCCUGCGGGAAGGUUUUCCAGCACCACCGCAACCUCCUGACACACAAGAAGCACCGGGGCCGGCACCGGCACGCCUGCGCCGAGUGCGGCUGCACCUUCUGCCUGCGAGGGGACCUCCUGCGGCACCGGGCCAUCCACGCAGGCGAGGGCAGCUACCCCUGCACGCUCUGCAGCCGGCGCUUUCGCCACAAACGGGACCUGCAGGAGCACCGCCGGGAGCACGCGGCCGCCGCGCCGCGCCAGUGCCCCCAGUGCCAGAAGCGCUUCGAGGACGAGGCCAGCCUGAGCCAGCACCGGGCCAGCCACGUCGAGGAGAGACCCUUCGUCUGCGGGCGCUGCGGCCGCAGCUUCAGCUGGAAGGAGAGCCUGAUGAUCCACCAGCGCAGCCACGCGCCCGAGCGCUCCCACAAGUGCCCCGUCUGCGGCCGCAGCUUCAGCCGCAGCGGGAACCUGCUGGUGCACCAGCGCGUGCACACGGGCGAGCGGCCCUACGCCUGCGCCCAGUGCGACAAGGCUUUCUGCAACAAGGCCAACCUCAUCACGCACAAGAAGCUCCACCGGCGCUACAAGACUUUUGCUUGUGCUCAGUGCAGGCUGGGCUUCAGCUCCAAGAGCAAGCUGCUCCUGCACCUGCGGGCCCACGGCACCGAGCGGCCCUUUGCCUGCAGCGAGUGCGGGAAGAGCUUCCAGCACCGGGGGAACCUCAUCACCCACCUGCGCGUGCACACCGGGGAGAAGCCCUUCGCCUGCACCGUCUGCGGGAAGAGCUUCAGCCAGAAGGGCGACCUGAUGCGGCACCAGCGCAUCCACACGGGCGAGAAGCCCUUCGAGUGCACCGUCUGCGGGAAGAGCUUCUGCUCCAAGCAGACCUUCAUCCUGCACCAGCGCAUCCACACGGGGGAGAAGCCCUUCUCCUGCAGCGAGUGCGGCAAGAGCUUCAACCGCAAGGCCAACUUCAUCACCCACCAGAAGAUCCACCGCGGCGAGCGCCCCUUCAUCUGCGCCGAGUGCGGCAAGGGCUUCUGCGCCAAGAAGACCUUCAUCCUGCACCAGAAGAUCCACGUCGGCGAGCGCCCCUUCGGCUGCAGCGAGUGCGGGAAGAGCUUCAGCCGCAACGGCGACCUGACGCGGCACCAGCGCAUCCACACGGGCGAGCGCCCCUUCGCCUGUGCCGACUGCGGCAAGUGCUUCAGCCACAACGGCGAGCUGAUCAAGCACCAGCGCAUCCACACGGGGGAGAAGCCCUUCGGCUGCACCGUGUGCGGCAAGAGCUUCAACCGCAAGGGCACGCUCAUCACCCACCAGCGCAUCCACACCGGCGAGCGCCCCUUCGUCUGCCCCGAGUGCGGCAAGACCUUCAACCUCAAGACCACGCUGAUGAAGCACAAGCGCAUCCACACGGGCGAGCGGCCCUUCACCUGCCUGGAGUGCGGGAAGAGCUUCAAGUACAAGGGCAACCUGCGGACGCACCACCUCACCCACACGGUGGAGCGGGUCUACCCCUGCACCGAGUGCGGCAAGGUCUUCAGCCACAAGAAGGAGCUGACCGUGCACCAGGGCACGCACUCGGAGGAGCGGCUCCUGUCCCGCUACGGGGACGGGGAGGCCGCCUUCAGCCCCUUCCUCCCCGUGCACCCGCUGCUCAUGUCCUGCACCCAGCUGCCGGUGCCGCUGGAGGCCCUGGCCAAGUACAAGUAGGAGCUGGCAGAAGCUCUGCAGAUGGAGCAGACAGAGGGGGAAUGGCACGGCAGUUUUGGGACCUGCUGCAGAGCCAGCUCACCCCGGAGCAAGCAGGGCACCCUCGUGGCACACUGGCAGCGUGCCUGGCACAGACAAGGGCUUGAGCUUGGCCCUGGGGUGUGCUGGGGGGCAGAGUGUGGCCGUUCCUCUGCUGCUGGAGGCGAAGGAGCCCUGAGCUUCUGCAUGCACGGCCAGGACCGGGGCUGAAGCUGGAGCUGGCACCGUGGGUGCGCUCACCUCCCCGUGCCAGGCUGGUGCUCGUGGGCUGUUUGUGCAGGGCUGGUGGUUGCAGGGUGCGUGGUGGUAUGGGGCCACCACACCCCCCAGUGAGGUGCCCCCAGCUCCGGGUUAGGAACUGGUACAGGAGAGGUGCUGGGGGAGGUCUGAAUUUGGCCUGGGGUCACCCUGCCCGGCCAGCACCGUGUUGUCCCUGUGCCACCCUCCCUGUGCCACCCUUCCUUGCUCACAGCCCCGAGCACCCCAACCCUGGGCAUCUCCACUGAUGGGCACCCACAGCACCUGGGGGCUGCCUUUGGGGUGGGGGCCCUGAGCUGGGGGCUGCCGGGUGGGGGUGGUGGGUGGCAGCUCUGCAACUGCCUUGCCUCAGUUUCCCCGUCUGUAAAAUGGGCUAAACACUGAUCCUGCCCCACUGGGAGACCCCCGGGGAGCAGCGCAGCAAGGACCACGUGUAUUUAUAUUUCCUUUUUUUUAAUCUAGGAACUAAUAAAACAUGGAAACGAG